AUGAGGUCAGUAGGAGCCGUAUGCGCAGGUAUUUCUCGCCUCGUUUUCAUAUUAAUCGAACAGGGUAUCCACAAUGACACCUUGGCAGUUGCCGGGUAUAUAAACGACGGGAAACAGAGAAAAUCCGCCGUAUCUCUCCCUCCCUCUCUGUUUAACUGUACGGGUGUUUGCUUGCGUCGAACAUCUAUCUAUCUAUCUAUCUAUCUAUCUAUCUAUCUAUCUAUCUAUCUAUCUAUCUAUCUAUCUCAGUCUGUUCAUAUCUAUCUAUCUAUCUAUCAGUCUGUUCAUCUAUCUAUGUAUCAUAUCUAUCUAUCUAUCUAUCUAUCUAUCUAUCUAUCUCAGUCUGUUCAUAUCUAUCUAUCCCAUCUGUUCAUAUCUAUCUAUCUAUCUAUCUCAAUCUGUUCAUUAUCUAUCUAUCUAUCUAUCUAUCUAUCUACCUACCUAUCUAUCUAUCUAUCUAUCUACCUACCUAUCUAUCUAAUUCAGUUUGUUCAUAUCUAUCUACCUACCUAUCUAUCUCAGUCUGUUGAUAUCUAUCUAUCUAUCUAUCUAUCUAUCUAUCUAUCUAUCUCAGUCUGUUCAUAUCUAUCUAUAUCUCUCAGUCUGUUCAUAUCUAUCUCUCUCAGUCUGUUCAUAUCUACCUAUCUAUCUGAGAUGUUGUGA